AUGAAUAUCAAUCUCCAAUUUCACUCAACAGGUAAAAGAACAGAAUUAAAUUUUGACGAAACUGAUAAAAUAGAAUUAAUUAAAAAUUCAAUAAGAAUUAUGGAAGGUAUUAACCCACAAGAGCAAAAAUUAAUUUUCGACGGCAAAGUUUUAAAGGACACUUCAACAUUAAAAAGUUGUGGUAUUAAAGAUGGUUCGACAAUUUCAGUUUUAUUUGAAAAAUCUUCAAACUUUUUAAAAUAA